AUGGGUGACGAAAGCUACAACUUUGUCUUCAAAGUGGUUCUGAUUGGUGAGUCUGGUGUUGGGAAAAGCAACCUGCUGUCUCGCUUCACCCAGAAUGAGUUUAACCACGACAGCCGCACCACCAUCGGAGUGGAGUUCAGCACCCGCACUGUUCAGCUGGAUAACUUCGCCAUCAAGGCUCAGAUCUGGGACACGGCAGGGCUGGAGAGAUACAGAGCCAACACCUCCGCGUACUACAGAGGGGCGGUGGGGGCUCUGCUGGUGUAUGACAUCACCAAGCACCUAACCUAUGAGAGUGUGGAGCGUUGGCUGAAGGAGCUGUACGACCACACUGAGCCCCACAUGGUGGUCAUGCUGGUGGGCAACAAGUGUGAUCUGGAUACCCUGAGGACCGUGCCCACCGAGGAGGCCAAGGACUUCACAGAAAAGAAUGGCCUCUUGUUUAUGGAGACGUCAGCUCUGGAUUCUACCAACGUUGAAGCUGCUUUCCAGGAAGUUCUCACAGCGAUCCACAAGAAGGUGGCCAGUCGAGAGGUGCCCCGCGUGUCCAUCACUGCCGUGACCCUGUCCAGUACUAUUGGACCAGCUAGCGACACCCAGGAGAAACGCAGUACCUGCUGCAAGAACCUCUGA